CACGUGACGCGUUGCCGGGCAGCGGGACGCGGCGCGGCGCCAUGGCUGCUCGCGGCGGGGAAAAGGAACCGCCGGACGCGGUGCACCUGAACCGGCUGCUGUGCGAGCGCGUGCGCAAGGAGCUGCGCUGCCAGCGGCUGCACACCGAGCACAGCAUCAACCCGCUGAGGCGCGUUCACACGGUCACUCAGAAGCCCAUGUCCUGGCACGACAACAUCGAGGAGCCUGCGGAUGCCAAGUUUCUGAAUAUUAUUCAUCAAGCAGCGCUGGAGCCAACGAAGAAAUAUUCAGAGCCACAAACAGAGAGCCAGGAAAUAGGCUGGAACACAACGCCUCUGAUUGACACGGACCGCACUGAUCGCAGACUCUUCUUCCCACGCCGGAGAACUGAGGUCACUGAACAAAUGGCUGCCACGGGGCACCUGAAGAAGCAGUAGGAGAAGCUGCAGUAGUAGAGUGGCAGAGCCAUACAACAUAGAAGGAAGUAGCUAAUGCCAUCUAAUGCAUUAGACCAGGGUUGUUAUUAGGUGAUUAUGGAUUUUUGGCAAGAGAAGACUGAAGAAGAAAAAAAAAACCAAAGAGUGAGGAUAGAAUCCUUGUCUGUCCAGAUUUGUAGCCUUACAGAAAUAAAACCGUUUGUAAGACUGC